GCUGCCACCGUCCUGCGCGCCCUCAAGUCCAUCCAGCAGAGUCUGCUGCUGCAGGAGGACCACCUGGACGCCCUGUCCCUGCUCUGCCUGACCUCUCUGCCCAGUUUCUGCCUGCUCUUCGGGGCGGCCGUGGCGCUGGAGCUGGGUCCCUCCUGGGAGGGAGUCCUGCGCUACGACGGCAGCCUCUGGGCCUGCGUCCUGCUCAGCUGCCUGGGCUCCGUGCUCUACAACCUGGCCACCUUCUGCGUCCUCUCUCUCACCUCUGCCCUCACCGUCCACGUCCUGGGCAACGUCACCGUGGUGGGCAACCUGCUGCUGUCCCGCCUGCUCUUCGGCAGCCACCUCAGCGGACUCAGCUACCUGGGCAUCGGGCUGACGCUGGCGGGGAUGUUCAUGUACCACCAGCCGGACCUCAUUGCCGCACGCUGGGCGGCUCGGCCGCGGCGGGGCCCCCCGAGGCAGGAGUGA